AUGAAGGCUACUCGGGCGUAUCUGUCACUGGCUUGCCUAGCAUACCCGGUCUUGGGUAUGAUAUUCGAGGUGCCAGUCGAUCAUUUCCCGAUUCCCAAUGAUUUUUCCAUCGCUCCCGCGGACCGUUUUAGUUACAGUUGCGUCAACGCGAUGGCAAGUACCUGCGCAGACAAGUCUGGCACGAAACAUGACGACUGCACCGAAGCCUGUCGGGUUUGUGACAAAGGCCUGACCAAACGGCAUGCGGGUCUUAGGCUAUCGUAUGGAAUAUGCUCCCCUUCGGCAGGCUUAUGCCGAUGCCGAUGGGAGCAGGAAAGCGAUCAGGACACGUUGGAAUUCAUGGAACUAUUUCACGGCGAGAAGGACGGGAAGAAAUACAAAUAUCAGCCAGUCGUGUGGUCCGUGAAGCCGGAUGUUGAACGUUACGAUCUUCGGCCGAGAGAUGUCAUCAAGGAGGAUUGCCGUCACGGACUAGCAACUUCGUGCCAAAUGUCAUCCGAAGCCAUGGGCAACGCUGAUUGCUCCGAAGUGAUGCCUAGGAAAUGCGACUGUACAUGGAAGGACAGGAAAGAACAUGCACUUCAGUAUUUGACAGUGGAGGACAAGAAGAACAAAUAUGGGGACCAAUUAGGAAGAGAUGAGCCAGUUUGGCGGUGGGUUGAUGUUGCUGAAAAUCCCGAGCCCGAGCAGGGCAGUCUGACUCCUCGCUGGAGGCUGACGAAAGAGCAUGAUCGGGUUGAUACUGAUUGCAUUUCCGCAAUGUUUUCAACAUGCCAAAAACAAACCAUCCUCUUCGGUGGUGCAGAAGACGCGGGCUGCCUUGCAGCGGUAAGUGCUAAUCUUUUGGUGUUCACUACAAUUUCUGACGUGUUUUACAGUGCCAAAGUUGCGCGUCAUCAAUUCCCAGUAAACACUCCCUAG